CAAUAGAAACCGCGAAAGGAGGCGGGCGGUAUUGAUCGACUGGUGCGCUCCCCAAUGUCGUCGGCUCCUUCCCCUGACUGACAGUAGAGCCGUCCAGUGCCUUCUCAGAACACGUGAAGAGGGGGCGUGCCUCGGUUUCUCCGCGGAGGAGAGUGGAAGACAGGGGAAAGAGAGCAAACGAGCUAGAGAGGGGGGAGGCCGAACCCGCCGCCGCCAUCUUGGAUCCCACCGAGCAGUGGACGGAGAGCGAAAGAGGCAAUAAAUCAGUUCCCGGAGCCUAUGCCAGUCCGCAGACCGUUUCCCCGCCCCGCCCUGGGAGUCCAGCUCAUGGUUAUUACAGUAGCACUGGGGACAAAACCAGUAACGUUGGGGAAAUAGACCCAAAACAACCCUGACACCGGAAGCGGCUCCCCCCACCGUUCUGCAUCCUCCUGGGGGCGGUAAAUGGUUUUCCAAUGCACUUGGGAGAACAACUGUCAAUGAGCCUAGUGUCACAACAGAAGCAUCCUGCCUGUAUAAAGUAUGAAGAAAACCCAUCUCUAGUGAAGGAAAUAUGGCGGAUAAGAGAAAACUACAGGGUAAGUGUGAGAUUGAUCGGUGUUUGAAAAAGGUGUCGGAAGGAGUGGAGCAGUUUGAAGACAUUUGGCAAAAGUUGUCUUGUGUUUUUUUGCAGCUACAUAAUGCUGCAAAUGCCAACCAGAAAGAGAAAUAUGAAGCAGACUUAAAGAAAGAGAUUAAGAAGCUACAGAGAUUGCGGGACCAAAUAAAGACAUGGGUGGCAUCUAAUGAGAUCAAAGACAAGAGGCAGCUUAUUGAAAACCGGAAAUUAAUAGAAACGCAAAUGGAAAGGUUCAAAGUAGUAGAACGUGAGACAAAGACAAAAGCAUACUCCAAGGAAGGUCUUGGGCUCGCUCAGAAGGUGGACCCAGCUCAGAAAGAGAAGGAAGAAGUUGGACAGUGGCUAACGAACACAAUUGACUCGUUGAACAUGGGUGUGGAUCAGUUUGAAAGUGAGGUGGAGUCUUUGUCAGUACAAACGCGGAAAAAGAAAGGCGACAAGGAUCAGAAGCAGGACAGGAUCGAGGGACUGAAGCGGCACAUAGAGAGGCAUAGGUACCACAUCCGAAUGCUGGAAACCAUUCUGCGAAUGUUGGAUAAUGACUCAAUCAAUGUGGAUUCAAUCAGGAAGAUUAAAGAUGAUGUAGAAUACUACUUGGACUCUUCGCAAGAUCCAGAUUUUGAGGAGAAUGAGUUCCUGUACGAUGACCUUGAUUUAGAAGACAUUCCACAGGCGCUGGCAGCUACUUCCCCACCAGGCCACAGUCACAUGGAGGAUGAGAUAUUUAACCAAUCUAGCAGCACUCCUACCUCCACCACAUCAAGCUCUCCUAUUCCACCUAGUCCUGCCAAUUGCACCACAGAAAACUCUGAAGAUGACAAGAAAAUUCGAGGCAGGUCUACGGACAGUGAAGUUAGUCAGUCACCAGCAAAGAACGGUUCUAAAAGUAUCCAUAACAACCAUCAUCCGCAGUCCCCUGCAGUGACUCCAAGUUACCAAAUAGGAAGCAGUUCCAGCACGUCGUCGUCUCUUGGAAAUGGGCCGGGUACAAACAGCAAUGGCGCAGUAUCGAACAGCAGCAGUACGAGCAGCAACAACAGCAAAAACAACCCAUCCAGUGGACACACGUCUGGUACACCUACACCUUAUGCACAGGCAGUAGCUCCUCCACCAUCUACUACAAACACAUCGCAGCCUAGGCCACCCAGUGUCCAGCAGAACACAAGCAAGCAAAACGGAGCAACAAGUUACAGCUCUGUAGUAGCAGAAAAUUCUACAGAUACUGCACUUAGUAAUAGCAGCCAGUUACAAUCAAGCCAGUCUGUGAUUCACAACCCACCAACAAGCACUGCGAAAGAGACAAACAGUAUCUCCCAGCCAUCCAACAGCAGUAAUACCAGCACUGGGCCCAGUUUACUUAUACCCUUAAUUGUAAAUCCUCCUAGUUCGCCAACGCCCAGCUACAGUGACCCUAAACCCAGCCAGCCAUUGCUGAACGGGCCACCUCAAUUCAGCUCCAUGCCAGAAAUCAAGGCACCAGAGCCUUUAAGUACACUGAAAUCUAUGGCUGAACGGGCCGCUAUUGGAACAAGCUUAGAAGAUUCAGUCCCUCUCAUUUUGCCUGAACGGGAAAUCUUGAUCACUACAACCACGGCGCAGCCUCCUGCUACUCAGCCCUCAACACAGCUUUCUGAAGUGAACAUCCCGCUUUCAUUGGGGGUGUGUCCUCUGGGCCCUGUGCCCCUCACCACAGAUCAGCUUUACCAGCAAGCAAUGGAAGAUGCAGCAUGGCAUCAUAUGCCUCACCCGUCAGAUUCAGAAAGAAUACGGCAAUACCUCCCACGAAAUCCGUGUCCAACGCCCCAAUAUCAUCAUCAGAUGCCCCCGCCUCACUCAGACACCGUAGAAUUCUACCAGCGACUCUCCACAGAAACACUCUUCUUUAUCUUUUACUAUCUGGAGGGCACUAAAGCACAGUAUUUAGCAGCUAAAGCUCUGAAGAAACAGUCUUGGAGGUUUCACACCAAAUACAUGAUGUGGUUUCAGAGACAUGAAGAGCCCAAGACAAUAACAGAUGAGUUCGAACAGGGGACAUAUAUUUACUUUGACUAUGAGAAAUGGGGCCAGAGGAAGAAAGAAGGAUUCACAUUUGAAUACCGUUAUCUGGAGGAUCGUGAUUUACAAUGACCUCUCAACACACUCUGCCUUCCAGUGUCACGUGGGCAAGCCGCAACCGGGGGGAAAAGAGGGGAGGGGCAGAAGUCUCUUCAGUCUCAUUCCCAAGAAGAGUUGGGAGGAGGGGAAAUUUGGACAAACACUUUAAUGCAUGCAGUUACAAAAUUCUAUUAAAAAUGGAUUAAGAUUGUGCGUGAUGGUGGAGAGCAGAUGAGAACGUGAUAUACACCUGACAUCUCACAAAGACCCUCUUCAUUUUUCAGAAGGCUACAAGGGGUGAAAAUGUCGACAGUCAAUUUUUAAUGUAUUUGGUUCAAAUUUAAACGAAAAAAAAAAAUGAACAAAGUGCAUAAAAGUCUGCAAGAGGAAGGAAAAUUUGUUCUUCCCCCUCCUGGAUAUUUCUGCAGGCGGGAAGUUUUCGUCCCUCCUUCCUAGAGGGAUUUCUACUGGCUGCCAUUUGUUUUUGUUUUUCUCUUUAAAAAAAAUAUUUUUUUUUAUUUUGUCCUUUUUGGCAGAUACUGGAUCUUAUUUUUUUUUGUUUGUUUUGAUAACAAGUGCAUCAAGGUUUAAAGUGUUUUUAUUUUUAUUUUUUUUCCCCCCUGCCACUUACCCUCUCCCUCUCCUAUCCUCGAUACACGUAUCUGUACCGAUGGAAUUAAUGGUAUGGAAAGCUGGUUUAAAAUAUUUUUCGUAACCUAUUUUCAUUUUGGAAAAUAUUUAUGAAUAAAUAGUUUUAUAUGA